AUGGCAAGUCAAGAAAAACAGCACAAAACCCUCUUUGAGAUAUUAAGCAAAUCGACAAUCAAACUGGUCUGUCCUCAAUGUCUCGAAGGCUUUCCUCGCGUUGAUAGAUUAAAUGGGCACUUCCGCUCCAUGAAAGAUGAUAUUCACCAAGGUCUGUUAUUAUUGCGAAAGGAUUUCAAGAAAUUCCAUGACUGCUAUCAAAGAGCGCUGCGGUCGUCGAUUGCCGCUGAGAAGAUCCCACAAAGGAGCCAGGAACUCUUCGAUUUCAGAUUUAUUGUUGAACAUUAUGGCGAAAAUGAAACAUGUGGUAAUCCAGAUAUGAGUUCUGGAACUGGUCCUAUCUCAGAUGGCCAGCUAGAUGGCUUUAACUCAGAUGCAAUGCUUUCCCAGGAUAAUUUAUUUUCCGAUAACCUAGUCCAAUACCAUGCCCCAACGUUGAUCGAUCGAUUUCCACUCAGCAACAUGCCUGAGACCGGAGAAGACAUUUUGAACCCAGAUGUGACAACUGGAAUGUCAAAUUACCCAGAACAAUGGACGAUUUAAGUAUAAGGUGAGCACAACCUCAAGUUGUGUUGCUUUUUCCAACAAGGAUCUCGGCCGGCUUGCUAACCAUGAAAAUAAAUCCGGCAUCAACAACAACAGGCCGAUCGAUCCAAAUCGACUUUGCGAGAUUCAGAGGUAUGCCUCCGAUUUGCGGUCUGCCGUCGACGUGGAGGACGGUAUAAACUGCGUGGGACAAGUUCAUUGGUGUGUUUGUGGUCCGUCCGGUGCGAAGAAGUGCAUACUCGGCUGCCUAAAUUAGACUGUCAGCACCUAUAGCGGUUCUUCAGAUUGA